AUGGCGUUGUAUAAUGUGACUUCUGUUAAGUCCUAUAUGGAGGCGAUGUGGCAAAUGGAUCAGAAGCUUUCACAGCUUACACUGCAACAGCACAAGAAACUGAAGCACGUUAAGCCUAUAGAUAGCGAGCCAGCAAGGUAUAGAUCAAUAGAAACUAUUCUUGAGAGAUUUAUUGGAGUAUCUAGUGAUGCCGUUAAACGCCUUGGGCGAAACUCCGAGGCGAAAGCGGAGGAGGAGUCUAAAUGCAUUAUUGAUGGGAUUCAGAGGGCUUGUUCCAAGAUAAGCAAAGACCGAGGUCAAAACGAAAAUGAGACCUUCACUCUAGUGCAAUCUUUGAUCAAGGGUUCCAAAAGUGACCAAGAGCUUGAAUCAUCACUAUUUGACAUUUUGGGCUUUGACGAGUUUGAGCUUAUAUCGAAAAUUGUGCAAAACAAAAAGGUAUUUAGCUCUAAUUGCCCCUUUCAGGCACAAACAAGUCAGCUCUUGACUGCAGAGCAACAUGAGCAGUUGCUCAUAGAUAGCUAUAACAAAACCAAGUCUCAGGCAAUAUUGCCCAAAUCAGAAUAUCAAAAGUAUGCUCAUGUAUACAAGAACCAAGAUACAGUAAACUUGGCAGCUGUCACGGGAGGGAAACUCUCGCUACCGAAAGGAAGUGUUCGAAAUUCAUAUGCAACUAACGAAGAGCUUAUUAUCCCGUAUCCAGACGAAACCCUACCGAAUAAAUGGAUCCGCGAUAACCAAUUAGUUAAAGUCAGGGAUAUGGAUUUCCUUUGUCAGGGCACAUUUAAGAAUUACGAUACUUUGAACAAAAUGCAAAGCUUGGUUUUUCCAGUGGCAUAUAACACCAACGAGAAUAUGCUUGUUUGUGCUCCUACAGGUGCAGGUAAAACAGAUGUGGCAUUGUUGACCAUCUUGCAUACUAUUGAUCAGUUUAUGUCCGAGUCAACGAGCGAAGAAGGGGACGACAUUGUGAUUGACAUUGACUACGAUGAGUUUAAGAUAAUAUAUGUUGCGCCGCUAAAGGCAUUGGCAGCCGAAAUCGUCGAGAAGUACUCUAAAAAAUUGCAAUGGUUGGGUAUUAAAGUGCGCGAGUUGACUGGUGAUAUGCAGUUGACGCGGCAAGAGAUCAUUGAUACCCAAAUUAUAGUAACAACACCAGAAAAAUGGGACGUGGUCACACGUAAGCUGAAUGGUGAUAGUGAGUUGGUUGCAAAAGUUAAAUUGCUUAUAAUUGACGAGGUACACCUUUUGCAUGAGGACAGAGGGUCUGUUAUAGAAACUUUAGUUGCUCGUACACUUCGGCAAGUUGAGAGCACUCAGCUGAUGAUAAGAGUUGUUGGGUUGUCUGCUACGUUGCCAAAUUACAUGGAUGUGGCGGACUUUUUAGGAGUAAAUAGGAAUAUUGGAAUGUUUUAUUUCGAUCUGUCAUUUAGACCUAUUCCACUUCAACAACAAAUAUUGGGAGUUCGUGGAAAAUCGGGGUCGAAGUUUGCAAGGGAGAACUUGAACAAGGUAUCGUACAAUAAAUUGGCUGAAUACGUCAGCCAGGGACUCCAAGUGAUGGUCUUUGUCCAUUCUCGAAAAGAGACAGUGAACACAGCAAGGGGAUUUAUCCUGAUGGCCCAGGAUCACAAUGAACUUGGAUUGUUUGACUGCACUGAAAAUGAAAGCUACGAGAGAUUCAAAAGAGAAGCAUCGCAAAAGAAUAGAAGUAAAGAAUUGCGCGAGUUGUUUCCGAGUGGGUUUGGAACUCACCAUGCCGGUAUGCUUCGAAGCGAUCGUAAUUUGACUGAAAAAAUGUUUGAAAGCGGGGCAAUAAAGGUACUUUGUUGUACGUCAACUUUAGCAUGGGGUGUGAACUUACCGGCCGCCGUUGUUAUAAUCAAAGGAACUCAGGUUUACGAUUCGAAAGAAGGUGGAUUUAUUGACCUUGGAAUAUCCGAUGUCAUACAAAUCUUUGGACGUGCUGGUCGACCGCAAUAUGAAAAGUUUGGUAUUGGUAUAUUGUGCACCACAAGCGAUAAGAUGGAUCAUUACAUUUCAUUGUUAACGCAGCAACAUCCGAUUGAGUCAAAGCUCAAGGAGAAAAUUACUGAUAACCUCAAUGCCGAGAUAUCUCUUGGAACUGUAACAAAUGUGGACGAAGGAGUGCAAUGGUUGGGCUAUACCUAUAUGAUCACGAGGAUGAAAAGAAACCCUUUUGCAUAUUCCAUGUCCUGGCAAGAGAUCCAAGAAGACCCGCUUUUAAUUAACCGAAGAAGAGAUAUGAUUGUUGCUUCUGCCAAGAGACUCCACGCCUUGCAAAUGAUUAUUUUUGAUGAAGAAACAGGUUCGUUUACACCCAAGGAUUUAGGACGAAUUGCUUCGGAUUUCUAUUUACUUAACAAUUCGGUUGAGAUAUUCAACCAAAUGAUGAAUCCUUUAGCUACUGAAGCUGACAUCCUUUCAAUGAUUUGUAUGAGUAGCGAGUUUGAUGGCAUUAAGUUUAGGGAGGAAGAGGCCAGAGAGCUAAAGAUUUUGUUGGAGGAAGACGCACCUUGUCAGAUUGCGGCAGAUAUCGAUUCUCCGCCAGGAAAAACAAACAUUUUACUUCAAGCAUUCAUCUCACAAGCUAACGUCCGGGAAUCGGCUUUGAUCUCAGAUUCAAAUUAUGUUGCACAGAAUUCCGCCAGAAUUUGCAGAGCAUUAUUUCUUAUUGCCAUGAAUAGAAGAUGGGGAAAGCUAAUGGAAAUAAUGUUGUCCUUAUGCAAGUCUAUUGAUAAAAGAAUUUGGUCUUUUGAGCACCCAAUGUGUCAAUUUGAUUUGCCCGAACCGGUACUAAAGAACAUCAAAAACAAAAACCCAACUAUGGCAAUGUUACGGGAUAUGGAACCAGCGGAACUAGGUGACUUUGUUCACAAUAACCUGAUGGGAAAUGUCUUGUACAAACUAGUUGGCAAGUUUCCAUACAUUGAAAUCAACUCUGAGAUAUUUCCUAUUACAACAAACGUAAUGAGAUUACAUGUCGAAUUAGUACCAGAUUUUGAUUGGGACGUUAGAUAUCAUGGUAUGGCACAAAUCUUUUGGUUGACCGUGGAGGAAUCAGAUAAACUGAAUGCUGUUUUGCAUGUGGAAAAGUUUAUUUUGAACAAAAGACAAGUAGGCAGGCCUCAUGAAAUGGACUUUAUGAUUCCGUUAUCUGAUCCAUUACCGUCACAGGUUAUUGUGAAAAUUGUAUCUGACUUAUGGAUUGGUUCUGAAACGGUUCAUCCAAUCUCUUUCCAACAUUUGAUCAAGCCGCUGAAUGAAACAAUGAAAACUGAGUUGUUGAGACUACUGCCGUUACCUAUAACAGCAUUGCAUAAUCCAGAUAUAGAGAAAAUCUAUUCAUCCAAGUUUCGGUAUUUCAAUCCAAUGCAAACAAUGGUAUUCCACUCGUUAUACAACACUAAUGAAAGUGUAUUUGUUGGAUCACCCACUGGAUCAGGUAAAACAUUGGUGGCCGAGUUGGCAAUCUGGCAUGCCUUUAACGAAUUCCCUGGAUCCAAGGUUGUUUACAUUGCUCCCAUGAAGGCUCUUGUACGUGAGAGAGUUGACGAUUGGAAAAAGAGAAUAUGUCAAAACACAAGUCACAAGCUUGUUGAAUUGACGGGCGAUUCGUUACCCACCACUGAUGAAGUCAAGGAAGCCGACAUUAUUAUUACCACUCCUGAGAAAUUUGAUGGUAUUUCACGUAAUUGGCAAACCAGGAAAUUUGUUCAGCAAGUGUCACUAGUUAUCAUGGAUGAGAUUCAUCUUUUAGCAAGUGAUCGUGGACCUAUUUUGGAGAUGAUUGUAAGUCGAAUGAAUUAUAUUGGCUCUCAACUUAAAAAACCUGUGCGUUUAUUGGGUAUGUCUACUGCCGUUUCCAAUGCGUUUGAUAUGGCUGGCUGGUUGGGGGUUCGUAAUGGUCUUUUCAAUUUCCCCCAAUCGGUGCGUCCUGUUCCUUUACAGAUGUACAUUGAUGGGUUUCCUGACAAUUUAGCCUUUUGUCCAUUGAUGAAAACAAUGAACAAACCGGCAUUUAUGGCAAUCAAACAACAUUCACCGGAAAAACCUGUUUUAAUUUUUGUUGCCUCUCGUCGACAAACAAGAUUAACUGCGUUAGAUUUGAUUCACCUUUGUGGAAUGGAGGCCAAUCCUAGAAGGUUUUUGAAAAUGUCAGAGUAUGAAUUGGAAGAAGUUUUGGAGAAAGUUAAGGAUGAUACUUUAAGAUUAUCUUUGCAAUUUGGAAUGGGCCUUCAUCAUGCCGGUUUGGUUGAGUCUGAUCGUCAAAUUUCACACAAACUAUUUGAAGCUGGUAAGAUACAAAUUUUGGUAGCUACAUCUACUUUAGCAUGGGGUGUCAACUUACCGGCACAUUUGGUAAUUAUCAAAGGUACACAAUUCUUUGAUGCCAAGAUCGAAGGAUAUAGGGAUAUGGAUUUGACAGAUAUUCUUCAAAUGAUGGGGAGAGCUGGUCGACCCGCGUUUGAUACCAGCGGUAUAGCUAUCGUUUAUACGAAGGAGUCGAAAAAGAUCUUCUACAAGCACUUUUUGAAUUUGGGAUUUCCUGUUGAAUCCUCAUUGCAAAAAGUUUUAGAUAAUCAUAUUGGUGCAGAGAUAGCUGCAGGCACUAUUACAACGAGACAAGAAGCAAUGGAAUUCUUGACAUGGACAUUUUUGUACAGAAGAGCUCAUAAUAAUCCAACUUAUUACGGGAUUGAAGAUGUUUCUCAAUAUGGGAUUUCGAAAUAUUUGGCGGGUCUUAUUGAUCUGGCUAUUGAUAACUUGGCAGAGUCUAAAUGUGUACUAACGCUGGGGACCGAUGUUUUACAUGCAACACCAUUUUUGCAUAUUUCAUCUUACUACUAUCUUUCGCAUUUGACUAUGAGAAAUUUUGUUAAGAAGGUUGCCCCUACUAUGGAUUUUAGACACUGUUUGAUGUUACUUUGUGAGGCCACUGAGUAUGAUGAAUUAGCCACACGUCACGGGGAAGAAUUGAUAAAUAUGGAGAUGUCCGUAUCGAUGAGAUAUCAGGCUGAAGAUCUUGAGAAGGAAUUUAUUUGGGAUCCACAUGUUAAAGCGUAUCUUCUCAUGCAAGCGUUUAUGAGCAGGGUGGAACUUCCAAUUGCAGAUUAUGCCCAAGAUACGGUCUCAGUAUUGGACCAAGCGCUACGUAUAUUACAAGCAUAUAUCGAUGCAGCUGCAGAGAUGGGCUAUUUACAAACAGUGUUUGUUCUUGUUGAAUUGAUGCAAUGUUUAAAACAGAGGUAUUGGUAUGAUGACGAUCCAGUUUCAGCGCUACUAGGCUCAAAGUUGACCCCAAAAAGUGAAAUCAAGAAAUUGAUUGGGUUGAAGGAAGUUGGUGAAAUGAAACGCGGCCAAUUGUUUAAUUUAGCAGAAAGGAGAAUGGGUGUGAAAGGAGGAGAAGUAUCUGGCCACAGUAUUGAGGAGAGGGGGGAGGAGGAAGAAAAAGAAAAGGAAAAGGAAAAGGAAAAGGAAGCAGCUAAAGCACAGUUUGUCAAAAUUGCGUCUCACUUGCCUACAGGAAACUUGGAAAUCAAACAAGAAAAACAAGAUUCUCUUCGAGUAUCUCUCGUUGGUGGGAACAGCCCUUUGAAUGAUGAGUUCAAGUUAUAUUGUCCGUAUUUCCCCAAACCACAAAGGGAGUCAUGGUUUGUAAUAAUCCAUGAUGGGAAGAAAGAGUUGCUUUUGUUAAAGAGAGCUUCACCAAAAAUGGUGAGAUCAAAACGUACUGUUGUCUGUGAUCUAAUCGUGACACCAGAUUUGUUUGGUAAAAACGUCAAAGUUUCAGUGGUCAAUGAUGGCAUGGAUUUGCAGUAUGACGGAGAAAUCAAACUUUUAUAG